GCACUAGGGCCGUGGUCGUGCCGGCCCGCGGACGCUCGUUCGCUGCCUGCGCGGCGUCCGCCCGGGCCUUUGGAGUGUCGCCGCCGCCUGGCCGGCUCCAGAAGCCGAAGUUAAGAAACUUCUCUGCAGUGAGAUGAUUGAAUGCUAUGUAGCCUUCUGUUCCUCACCCACCUCGAAUGGUUUCAUUUAAUGGACCACCAGGGAGGCAGUACUGCAUUUAUCUUUUCAGUGUUGCAGUCUUGAAGUAUCUGUGGAAUCUGAAAAUACUAUGGAGCCCAUCAGAGUGUGUCACUGAAGAAUAAAAUGGCUGAAAAAUUUAAAGUGCUAAAGAUUCAACAGUGUGUUGUAGCCAACAAACUACCUAAGAAUAGACCAUAUAUUUGCAAUAUUUGCCUCAAGCACUUUGAAACACCAUCAAAACUAGCGAGACACUAUCUUAUUCAUACUGGUCAAAAACCAUUUGAAUGUGAUGUGUGUCAUAAAACUUUUAGACAGUUAGUCCACCUGGAGAGACAUCAGUUAACUCAUAAUCUGCCUUUUAAAUGUAGCAUCUGUCAGCGCUACUUUAAAAAUAUGAAGACAUUCAUCAAACACCAACAACUUCAUAAAGAAACCUACCAGAAUGAUGUUAAACAGGUCAAAAGAUUGUUGGAGGACAAACAAGAUAAAACAAUGUAUGGAGUGUACCACACUUUGACCACAGAGGAGAGACGGACAGUGCAUCCACGCUCUAAGUCUGAACCUACAUACAACCCUGCAAAUAAAAGAAAGAAUAUUCAUGCAUGUAAAAUCUGUGGCAAGAUGUUUCCGUCACAAUCAAAACUUGAUAGGCAUGCACUCAUUCAUACUGGUCAGAGACCUUUUAAAUGUGUCCUGUGCAGCAAAUCUUUCCGACAGUCAACUCAUUUAAAAAUUCACCAACUCACACACUCAGAAGAAAGACCUUUUCAAUGUUGUUUUUGUCAAAAAGGAUUUAAGAUUCAAAGCAAACUUGUGAAGCAUAAACAAAUCCAUACUAGGAAUAAGACUUUUCAGACCCUUUCAUUAAAAGGAAAGAGUACAGAGUCAUGCCCCUUGCCUAGUAAAUUAAAUGCAAAGCAAGAUGGUUUUGAAAAUGGUAAUGUAGGUGAAUCUGAGAAGAAUAGUCAACUUGGUAUCCACUCUAUUUAUAUCGUCCCUUUUCAAUGUCCAGAAUGUGAAGAAUGUUUUGAAUCACAACAGAUUCUCAGUGGACACAAGUGUUUUCCUGUCAAAGGUGGCAAAACUCCAAGCAGGCUCAAAAGAAACUACAGCUAUAAAACUACUGUUAAAAAAAUCUUGACCAAGCUUAAACGUGCUGGGGGUAAAAAAUUAGAUGACUUUCAAUCUGAGAAUAAAGUAUUUAAAAAUAGUUUCUUGAAAAAAUAUGAUCUUGUUUCGGGUGAGCAAAACCCUGAACAUUCCCAGAAAGUGCUUAUGGGUUCUCUUUUCAAUCAUGGAACCUAUAAGACUGUUGGUAGUAAAAAGAAGAAAGCAUUGACUUUGCCAUUAUCUUGGCAGAAGCACUUCCAAAGCCAAAAUUUGGGGAAAAAUUUGAAAAGUAUCCUUACAGCAGAAAACAUGUUGAUUCUGGAUAACCCAGUGAAUAAUAAAGAUGUGCCUAUGUAUGACCCAUCAGGUGAGAAAUUCUCUGAUAAUUAUGAAGUGCUUCAGUGUGGUUUUUCAGUUAUAAGCGAAAACAUGCAUACUGGACAUAAGAUAUGUCCUUGUGACAAAUGCGAAAAAGUAUUUCCUUCCAUAUCCAAACUACAAAGACAUUAUUUAAUUCAUACUGGACAGAGGCCUUUUGGCUGUAAUGUUUGUGGGAAGUCUUUUAGACAGUCAGCUCAUUUAAAAAGACAUACAUUAACUCAUACUGAAAAGAUUCCUUAUAGAAGAUCUCUUCGCCAAGUAGAAUUGGAACACUUGGACAAACUUUUCAGUUAUCCAAGUGAUAGUGUUAACUGUAAUGCUUCCCAGCAGUGUCAAACUCCUAGUUUUCAAAACCAUGAGAUCUCAGAUUCAGAUCAAAUACCAGAAAUAAAAGUUAAGUCAGAGUCGGAGGAUUUCAUUCUUGGUACCCCCUACCGGAAAAGGCAGCCCUAUCUCUCUAAUGAGCUUCUAGACUCACAACAGAACCAACAUAGUCAUUGCUGUAAUUAUUCAGAGUCUCCAGAGAGGAAUGAUGGCCUUCUUUACCAAUGCAGUGUUUGUUCUAAGAGUUUUAGGUCUCCAUCUAAAUUGGAAAGACAUUAUCUAAUUCAUGCAGGUCAGAAGCCCUUUGAAUGUUCAGUUUGUGGCAAAGCAUUCAGACAAGCUCCUCACUGGAAGAGACAUCAACUUACUCACUUUAAAGACCGACCAUUCGAUAAGUAGUUGUCUUAAAUUCUCUUAUGUAACUGAUUGAGCCUUUAACACAUUUCUGAUUUCUCUGGUGAUCUUGUUCUUAGGGCUUGAUACACACACACACACACACACACACACACACACACACACACACACACACUUUUUAUCAGAAGGCCUACAUUAGGUUGAAUGAUUUCUUAGGUACUUGCUUUUCAAGCAUAGUAAAGUAAAACACAUAGAAAACUAAAUAGUUCAUGAACAGCCAAAUUCAAUAUUUAAAAGGAAGAAUGUGAUGAUGACAAACUAAGCGUGUAUUUAAGUUUGAUAAAUACUUUUUAUUUAUAGUGUUACCUCUCAAAGAUGUGCCAAUAAUGAGUCACAUAGGUUUUAGGAAUUACUACUUUAACACCUUGAUUUCAAUACUUAGGUAAAAAUGGUGGGUUUUGGCUAUAGCAAAUAGCCCCACAAUAUUUCAUUAUAAAACAGCAGCAUAUUUUAGUCCAUGUAUGACUCAAAUUCCAGUGCAAUCUUUUUCUUAUAGUUUUAAAAUUAUAUUAAUGAGAAAGUGAAAAUGUAUUGAUCUUUUCCAAAUUAUAGUUGGGACUCCUGGUUUUACCUCCCUUUCCAACAGAUAACUCAAAAUGCUUUUUUACCCAUCUUGCUUUUGUCUUUCACCAAACAAUUUACAAGAGAGAGGGUAGGAUAUAUCUCUAUAUACUUGCCAUAUUUACUUACCAGGUAUAAUGUCCAAGUGCCAUAUAUUUUUGAUUUGUAUACAGUAUUUUGACAGGAAGUACUCUGCUUAUUAAUGAUUGGCAGACUCAGCUAUAAACCCUGCAUAGCCACAAGAGUUUUGCAUUUGUGUUAGUAAAACUUUGUUACAAUGCCUCUUUAAUUGGAUGGUUGUUUUUUGAGUUUACUUGUUAAGUUUGACCAAAUGGUAAUGACUGUGUGAUUUUAGUUUUUGUUACUCAUAUGAUUUGUGCAAGAUUAAUGCUAAAGAAAAUUAUUUGAAUCCUUAGUAAAUUGUUUUAAUAAGAUAAUUUUUAAUACUCAGUUCAGAAUGUCAUUUUUUAAACAGUACUGUCAUAAUUUGGCAGAGAGGAAUAUUUCACUUUUAAAAGAUUUAUAAGGAGAAAGUGUCCUUUAUAUUUACCAUUUUUCUAUCAAAUCUCUUGGAAUGGCAUAGACUAGCAACAAAAUAUUACCAAAAUAAAAGAAAAACAGGUGGGUAUUUAUCCUAGCAUGAUAAAAUACAGUGACAAGCUCUCUAUUGGAAAUAAAUGGCUACAUGAACAGUUAUAACUUGUACCUUGGACUAAGAUCUGUCUUUGGAGGCAGAAAGAGGGAUAUAUUAAGGGUGGUCUGCUGAUGUUACAGGUGAAUUUUGAGAAACCAUUUAAGGAGAUGAAUACUAUUAACAUAAAAACCCAAAGAUGUGCAAAUGUGCAGAAUAAGAUGUUUUACAAAUACUCUCUUUAGGUUUUCUUGAUAUUCUCAAAUGCAAGCAAGUAGAUGGUUUGUAUAAAUUGCUUUACACAAAACCGUUCAAGAAUACAUCCAUUAUAUGAAAGCAAGAAAUAAUUAGCUCAUAUUUUCCAAGAAUAAAUAUUCAAGUGUUUUUUUCUUUUGAAAUGCUUGAAUUUAUAUAUUUAGAAAUUUUCCUAAAAUGUUUAUGUAAUUUUAUUUGAAGUAAAAUGUCUUGUAUACUUAUUUCCCACACUACUAGGGAGAGUCCUAAUAGUAGGGUACUUGUAUGAUUAUUACACUCUCUCCCCAAGUGGUAUUACUAUACAUUUUAUGCUUUUUUUGUCCAUCUUUUUUAAAACUGCUUCAUAUUGAAAGUUGGAAUACUGUAAAAAUUUGUUUAAAAUGUACUGCAGUGCUAUUUCAAGUACCCUGUAAGAAAAAGACCUUAUUACCUUUGAAAACUUCUUGUAGAAAUUUUCAUAGGAAUGAAAAUAAACUAUAUGUGCAUGCUAAGAAGAUUAAACUUUGAUAUUAUAUAAUGAUUUUGCUGCGUGCUUUAAUGGUAUUGUUGAAUCAGUGACAGGUUUUCUGGAAAAGAAAUAAACCUUGUAAAUUUCAAGAGAUUAGAAGAAAUAUUUUUAGGAAUUCUAGGUUGUAGCAUGGUUAUUUACUACAGUAACUUGAUUGGCUGAAUUACUGGGAAUAUUUCUUGUUCUAUAAUAGGGCCUACAAUUUUAGUACAAAAAUGUGUGUGUGUUCAAGAAAAAUAGAUGGUGGUUAUAAUUUUUAAAAACUUUAAAUUUCAGAAUAAA